GCGGCCGCACGUGGUCAACUGAGUUCGCCUCAGACUCGGCUGCGCCCCGCGUCCUCAACACCAGCACCAGCCGCUGCCUUCCUGCUCGUCCCGCCCGCGCUAUGUCCACAUCCACCAGCUGCCCGAUUCCCGGGGGCAGGGACUGGCUGCCUGACUGCUACAGCACCACUUUGGGGGGCACACUAUACGCCACUACCCCCGGAGGUCAGCGGCCCGGCCAGCGUGCACCAGGAUCAUCUACGACCGAAAGUUCCUGCUGGAGUGCAAGAACUCACCCAUUGCCCAGACGCCCCCCUGCUGCCUCCCUCAGAUUCCCGGGGUCACAACUCCUCCAACAGCCCCACCCUCCAGGCUCAAGGAGCGGAAGGAGCAGAAGGAGACAGAGGAAGAGAUACCUGAUGACGCACAGUUUGAAAUGGACAUCUAAUCCAGUGAAGAUGACCCUGUGUGUGGAGUAAGAGGAAUCCCUCACGCUGCUGCUGCUACCUCCUUUUUCUGGGGUAUCCAAAGGCCAGCUGGCCUCAUCUAAUCCAGAAUGGGGUGAUAUGGUGGUUCUGGGCCUCCCUUAGCUCUGAGGCAGCUAGACCGGGGAUAGGAAUGGGCAACUUGCCAAGCCCUUAGUUCUACUACUCUUUGGUCUGUAGGCACUCCUCCCAACCCCUGGCCCUUGGCUCAGGCUGAGGCUGAGGCUGGGGCUGGGGGAUGGAGAAUGUCACUGUCUGACUGCUUAGUAAACAUUCAAAGAAAUGCCUUGGCUCCAGUGUUCUCCUCAAUGCUGAUCUUCCCAUCUCAGCCAUAAAGCUAAGGGUCCCAGCAAACCUGGUUAGGAUCAGAGGUCCCAGGUUCCUUCCCAGCUCCCACUGGGCCCACUUCCAGCAGCACUUAGAGCCUGAGGCAAGCUUUGGGGGCAGGCCAUAGGAGCUGCCAAACCAUAAACAGCAAUAGCCUGACCCCUGCCAAGGGCUGUUCCAGCCUUUCCAGGAAGCAGCCUUCCUGGAAUCAGGCCUCUCUACCAGUCCCUCCUUAGCUUUUCCAAAGCAGGAGAAAAGAGGCACUGUCCCAGCCUAUAGCCUUCUUUUGUCUCUCCCCAUACCUUUUCUGCCUCCCACCUGUAAGUACCAACUAUAUUCCAACACUGGAAACCUGUACUCUCCCUUCUCACAGCAUGAUAUGAGCCUCCUGGCCCCU